UAAAAGUAAACAAAAGAUUCUUGUAAAGUUUACGAAAUUUCUAUAAUUUCGGGGUAAUGAGUACAGCUUUAGAAUUAGUGCCUACACUACAUAAACCUCUGCAUUCCAAAGUAUCAAAUUACCUCAACAAUCAACGUCGCUCUGGCCAAUACUGUGAUUUGAUAAUCGAAUUGGAAUUGGAUACCGCAACUGAUGAUGGCAUUGCCGAAUUUGGACAUUUUUGUGUUGUUGGUGCACAAAGCCGUUUCAUUGGCGGCCCACAAUUUAUACAAAAAUCAUUACAAUUUUCCAUUCACAAUCCACUGAAGGUGACUAUAAACAAUUUCAGUUGCACGCGUUGUCUGCAUACCAUGAUGGAAUUCUUUUACGAAGAUGUGGUGUCCAUAGCAAAGGAACAUGAACCGCAUUUCAAACAGCUGGCUAAAAUUUUAGCUGUUACGGAGUUAAUGAAAUUAUUCGAAAUGCCCGAAGAUCCGAUCACAACGGCGGAUGCAAGUGGUGAAAAAAUUUUAAAGCAAGAGUGUGAUCACAGCACAGAUCUAGUCGUAGACGUAGAUGUAGACAACUCGACUGUGCGGCCUGCUGCAGGAAUGGAAGGCGACAUUAAUUUAGGCAAUAAGGAUAUUUUCAAUGAUCAACGCAACUUUUUUAAACUGCGGAAUCCGCGUGCGUCCAACUCCAGUAGUAAAAUCAACUACUGUAUCGGCUGCGAUUUCAAAUGCUACCGCGUACAAGAGAUGAUUACCCAUAUGAGCAGUUGUGAGCCGUCGCAUCUCACUUGUUCGUUGUGUGAGGUUGGUUUUCUUGCGUGGCGCGAGUAUGAGGCACAUAUCAAGCAGCACGUGACCAAUAUGAAGAAGCCAUUUUUUUGCCUAGAGUGUGGCGCACGUUUUGUCAAUCGUGCCGCACUAACAAUACACCUUCCCAAACACACAACCGAAACACCGCAUCAAUGUCAACAUUGCGGAAAAGGUUUCAAAUGGAAGCAAGGGCUGAAUAACCAUAUGAUAGUGCAUAAUAAAGAAAAGCAAAUGCUCUGUGACGUUUGCGGCUAUAGCACCACUCAUAUGAAAGCACUCAAGUCACACAAGCUACAACACACCGGUGAAUAUUUCAAGUGUCCUUAUCCUGAUUGCAAGCACCACGCCAAUCGAAAAGAAAACCUGCGUUUGCAUAUGGAAACACACAAGCAGGAGCGUCCUUUUGUAUGUGAAGUUUGUGGUUGCAAAUUUAGCCAAAAUAAAAAUCUGAAGCGACAUGCGCUCAAACAUUCAACAGAUGAAAUACAUAAAUAUAAAUGCCAAUUAUGUUCAUUUAGUAGUCAUCGUUCGGAUAAACUGAAGGAACACGUGCAACGUGUGCAUACCGAGAAGGAAGUGCAGCUGGAACUGCCGGAAAUAGUGGAGAAUGCUUUCGAGAAUAAUGUAUGUGAUGAAUUCGAUUUGCCACCGCUGUCGAUGGUUGACAUGCGUGGAGAGGUGAGUGUUAAAAAUGAAGCAACUGCUAACAGUGAAGCAACGAAAAAAGUGCACAAAAGAAAGAAAGCUGCAAUAUUGGCACAGAAGAGGCGCAUGAUACCCAUCGCCCCUAAACCGGAAGCUGAUGCAGACGAAAAUUUAAAUUAAAGCACUUAAUGAGAAUAGAAAUAACUUACAAUAAAAGUAAUUUGAUGGCGGUGGAAGGGAGACUCAUCUGCUAAGUUGCUUUAUAAAAGUAAAUGGUGAUUUCCUAAGCAACACUUUUAAAACUCAAGUUUUCAAAUAUUGCAGGAAACAUCAAAAGGAUAGAAAACGAUUUUUCUAAUAGCAGUGGGCCUUCAUCAGGCAAUGAAAAAUUUCCGAGUGUAUUUCUGCCAUAAAAAAGCUCCUCAUAAAAAUAUCUGCCGUUCGGAAUCGGUUGAAACCUGUAAGAUCCUCCAUUUGUAGGACAACUACAAGACGCACUCCACAAAUAGCAGGAGGAGCUCGGUCAAACACCCAAAAAAAGUAAGCAUAUAUAUGCAUACCUAUAAUACCCUACUCCAAUUAUAAUUGAGGAAAUAAACACCUCGAUUUGUGAAGUUAACAAAUUCGUGCACAAAUUUUGGAUACCGUGCAUUGUUUCACAAGCGCUCAAGUGUUGGUCGAAUUAUAACUCCAUACCAGUUCCUUAGGUGUUGAAAAUUCUUAAGCUUUUUAAGAUGUUAUAUUUUAAUUUACACGGUCUAUGGGGAGUGCGUGAAAUAACCACUUGCCUGUUAGUACCUUCGUAGAAAUAAAAAUACGGAAGUGCGCUUUCGGUUAUACUUUACAA